AUGGCGGACUAUAUGUUUACACUUUCAUCCUUGAUCGCUGUCAUACUGUGCGUUAUACCUGGAAUCUUUCACAUCCAAACUCGUAACUGGGGAGCCAUAUUUAUGACAUUUUGGGUCAUCGCCAUCAAUGGUAUCACCUUCAUAAACUCUCUGCUGUGGGCAAACGAUCUGGACGAUAAGGCUCUGUUCCCGGCCAUAGGAACUGCUCUUUUUUACCUGGUUCAGACCAACAUCUAUGGGAUUAGACCGGUGCUCGGAUGUUUCUCGCCGGCUCACAAAGACUGGGUUUUCAUUGCGAUAGACGCCAUCUGGCCUUCCAUCAUUUCAGGAAUCGGGUGCUACUAUGCGGCUCGAACCUCGUAUGCAAUCAUCAAGAAACGUUUGGAACUCCAAAGCAUCCUACAAUAUACCGACGGCCUCAACACCGCAAAAUUCUAUCGUCUGGUAUUCUUCUGUAUCACCUUCCUCCUGCUCUCUUUCCCAACCUCCGUGAUGACCUUGUUCAGUAAUCUCACCUUGAACAUCGAGCCAUACGAUUUCUACACAAUUCACGAAAAUUUUUGGGUCGUUCAACGAUUUGUCGGCGCCAAUCUAGGCGUGUCGUUUAUCGACUAUGCAAAACCGUUGGUAGGAUUUUUCGUAUUCUUGUUCUUUGGAACCGGUCAGGACGCUCUGGCGACUUACGCCAAUUGGGCGAGGGCUUGCAAAUUGAAUGUAUGCUUCAAGUGCUUGGAGCCCGGAGAAUUUCAUGAUAGAGACGGAUUUUAUAGUACCACCGCCUCUAUGAGAUCCUUUCCCUCGCGCUCAUACCAAAGUAACAGCAACAUGGCAAUCCACUCGCCUAAAUUUGCAAAGGCGUCUCGUCGUUCAAGCACCUUUUCAAAUUCGGUCGCUCCACCGGCCGCCACCGCUCAAAAACAGAAGGGUGCCUUCGACUUUCUUUACGUCAAUGGACAUCGCACACCCACGGAGCAAGCUCAGUUCGAUCUGACCAGUGGAAUAAAGAUAAGAAUCGACGGAUUGGACAACAGGACCAUGGGUAAUGUGAGUAACGACUAUGAUGACCUGAACGAGGAGCCGGCGCCAAUUUACCAGCAGCGAGAUUAUAAUCGAGGAAUCCAUGAAACUUUAGAAGGAUACGUAUGCGGGGGAUUGCACGAUAUAACCGAGGGAAUGGUGCUGAAUGAUUCCGACACAUUUGGACCACUAAAUUCAAGCGCCUCAUCAUUGAAGGACCAUGAUUUGUCUUCAUUAUCGCAGAAGGGUUUUUACGCUGAUGUGUCUCACAUUAAUGACUUUCUGUCUGUCUACCCGAACGUCGAGCUUGAAGGCGAAAGUGAUAAAGUUGGUCUUCCGGAGGUCAACAUCUGCCCACCAACACCCAUGCAAGGAUCAUACGAGAACAAUGUACUGAGUCCAAACUGUGAGAUCGAAACCUUUGUGAUCAACGGAUUAGACGAUGUCGAAGAUCGUCGACGAAUAAGAAAUUCUGUAGAAAUUCAGGUGAAAUUCGAGAGUGUCGUCAGUGUCGAAGAUACCAGUGCAGCACCAUGA